UUGCCAUCUUAGACUGAACGAACAAACGAACGACGACGGAAAUGUUUUACUCGCAAGACAUUCUUACUUCUAAACGCCGGUCGGGCCUUGCAGUCGUUUGGUUGGCGGCCACACUGGGGCCAAAGCAUUCAUUUAAAAAGUUGUCGAAACGGGAAGUCAACGGAGUCAACCUUGUGAAAGCAUGGUAUGUAUUGGCCCCUUUCACAUAUCACAGGGUCGACGAGCAUAUCCUCAUAUGGGGGCGUUAAGCGACUUUCUAACCGACCCGCCCGAACCCAUGGCUCUACGGUUAACAUCAAACCUGAUGGUUGGCGUAACGAGAGUGUACUCUCAGCAGUACACGUUCUUCUACAGUAUGACAAGCUUGCCUUUGAAAAACGGGACAUUUUUAUCGUCCAACACACUGAUAUUCCGCAGCGGAGGUGAAACAGGUGUUUAUGAAGUUGAAACGAGCUUGGACGGAUAUUCAAUCGGGCGAUGUGAACAUGCCCGCCGGUGAAGCAAGAUUUGAUGCUAUCACGCUGCAAUUAGACGAAGACAUUGAGCUGCGCUAUGAACCGCCCAUUGCGCUGCAGGAUACAUCUAUGAUGGAGAAGCAGAUUGACUUUGGUUGGGUGGUACGGGGCGGACAACCUUCCCAAAGUACUACGCUCUCACCUUCGACUGCUACCAGAAGCCCUAGUGCACAUCCAUCGAACAGCUUUGACGCCAUGUCAAUUGGCGGAUCUUCGCAUGUGGGCUCUUUGAAGUCCAUCACACUGCAGACUCAAGGUCGGCUGAGCACAACUCCGCUCCGUUCAUCGCUAAUGGAUACAACCACGGGCAUGGAGUUUGAUUUGGGCCUUGACCCGCUCUUACCACGACCUGAUGAGAGUGGUACCGGGAUGUCUACACUCCUCGAUGACCAAUUUGAUCUCUUUGCCGACAUUAGAGAUGACCACGAGGCGGCCCGGAAGCGAAGGAAAGUUCGCGCUGGAUCUCUGGGCAUUGACCAAAUUGCCGCGGAAGGAUUCCAGAUUGAGCAGAGCGUACUUGAACCGUCCAUGGAAAAGACAGAGCUUGGUUUUGUUGACGUUAGACAAGAUCAACCUGCGCAAGAGGGUAUCCCCCUUGGUGACCCCUCUGGCGACCUAAAUGACGCGCUCGCCGAAGCUGCACCAAAGCCGCGAAAAAGCCGGCGGAGAUACCCUCUCAUUGAUUUGGAGAUAGAGUUACCUCACGCCGAGAUGGUUCGUAUGAGAAACCGAGCGAGUUAUGAUUUACUUUUCGCAGAGAAACAGGCUCAGCAGAAGGCUAGAAUUAAAGCGGACAAGGCGUUUCUUCAAUCCGUGCUGGAAGCUCCCCCUAUCGGUAAAUUACCGUUCGUCCGAUUCAAGCGAUCGCCAACUCUUCACAGCCGACCUCUAGGUCUCGGACCGGAUCUUACGAACUUUUGGCAUGAAACAGUUCUAGUCAACAAACGCCCUGGUGGUAUGCUGCAAUGCUCACGAUGGAUGUCACCAUACAUUUUAAACUGUCAUUUGAGUAGGUGACAGUCUUUUGGAGCGUACCUCAAAAAGGCCAAAGCAUGCCGGUCAUAUUCUUGUUUCCCAAGACUCUGGAGGUGCGGGAGCAGGUAUAGAGCUGCAUUCUUGGCUCCUAACGAGAUCCACAACCUGUCCGGCAAAUGUACGAAAUAACGAUUGCAAAAGCAUUAGGUUUAGGUUACGACAUGGAUAGUGGGAGCUUUGAGAAUAUCAGGGUAGGACUUGCUAUUGAUUGCCCUGUUUAAGCCGACCCGCUGUCAACAGUCUGGAUUAGGCGGAUCUGUCUGCAGAGGACCUUGAAGUAUUCCGAGCGGGAGACGAAAGGCGCAAGAGCGAGAUAAUGCCUUGGCAUCGUACAUCCCGUCCUGGGUCUGUUGCUUCAGAUCAACCUGGAUCUGUUCUGGGCUCUGCACGCAAAUCAAUGUCUAGACGUGACUCUUUCUCCACCUUUGGUGGCACGGAUGAUUUUGCCUUGGAGCCGAUGCGCAGGAGGUCUAGUUCGAUGGCAGGAUCGGCCCGUGACUUCUCUCCGCUCAAAGAUUUGCCGGAUUUUGAAGGAUUCAGUUUUGGUAAUGGAAGUACAUUUUUCUUCGUAUAAUUGAGUUCGAAAGAGUGGACUGAAGGAGCUUUAUGGCCAGAUGCCGAAAUUCCCUUCAAAGAUGUGGACAUGAACCUUACGCCUGUGGACAACGAGAGUUCCCAGUUCCUCAAGUACGUGAUACGUCACCUAGCUUUGCGAACAUGUCUAAACCUUACCAUAAUUGGGCGGAUGCAUAGUUAUGUGAAAACCGUUGUCCCAAACGCCGAUACAAGCUAUGGUAACAACUAUUGCAUGUGAUUCUAUGAGCCUAUCGAAAACACUCGCUCAUACUCCCUGGCAGUCCACUUUUUUGAUGUUUUGCCUCCCAGCGGGACAUCCCGUGCGGCCGCCAGUCAGGGUUUCUAUCAUGGUAUUUUACGCGCAUUGAAGAGUACGUGUCUGAAGGAGCGACAUAACCUUCCUUGCUCCUUUUAAUCUUAGUACUCGUCUUGGCUACACGCGGUGUUAUCCAUCUUAGGCAAGCCGGCCCAUACCAAGACAUUCGCCUUGGUCUCGACAAGACGAUGGCAUUGGAUUGAAGGUGCAAUGCUAUGUGCAGGCGGUAAGACACCUGGAAUGGUACAAGUUGCAUCUCUAGGACCUAUGCGUUGCAAGACCUUAUCGAUCGUAAGCAUAGAAUUGAUGGAAAUUGACACUGUGCCUAUUAUGACGCGGAUUCUCAUAUGUAAAGUAGUGUCUCUGUAGUUGACCAUCUUUUUAAAUAGACGGUGUUUCAUCCUAAUUUUUCAAGUCUAUCAAAGAAUCUGUCAGGC